AUGGUGGCCCCAACAGCAAAGAAAGACUUGGCUCCAAGCGCCGCCGUGGCCCAGCCAGUGGAGGAAAAUGAGGAGGAAAUGCUCAUCGACGGCUCUUCCGUGCCAGUGGCCGAAGAAGCUGCCCCAGCUCCAGAAGGAAGCGAAGAAGCCAAACCUGAAGCAGAAGGAGUGGUGUUGGAUGAAACCGGAAAGCCCAAGUUUGCUGCAGCAUCCAAGGCUGGAAUGAAGGUGAAGUUGGAAAGCAGAAAGGUGCCUGUUCCUCCACACAGAAUGGCCCCACUCAAGAAUACUUGGACCAAGAUAUAUCCCCCAUUAGUGGAGCACUUGAAGUUACAAGUGAGAAUGAACUUAAAGACCAGAACUGUGGAAAUGAGAACUAAUAAGGAGACCACAGACGUGGGUGCAUUGCAAAAGGGUGCCGAUUUCGUCAAAGCAUUUACCCUCGGAUUCGACGUGGAUGAUGCUAUUGCACUUUUGAGAUUGGACGAUUUGUAUAUUGAGACAUUCGAAAUCAAGGACGUUAAGACCUUGCAAGGUGACCAUUUGUCCAGAGCAAUUGGUAGAAUUGCUGGUAAGGAUGGUAAGACCAAGUUUGCCAUUGAAAAUGCCACCAGAACAAGAAUAGUGUUGGCUGAUUCCAAGAUCCAUAUUUUGGGGGGUUUCACUCACAUCAGAAUGGCCAGAGAAUCCGUGGUGUCAUUAAUUUUGGGUUCCCCACCAGGUAAAGUUUAUGGUAACUUACGUACUGUUGCAUCUAGAAUGAAGGAACGUUAUUAG